GGCGCAUCAAGAUUACUCAGAAUAAUCAUUUCCGAAUCUGCUUACCUAAUAUGGGUAUUAAGAUGCGAGCGCGUGAUACAAGGAAUACUCCAAGACGAAGAAAAAACAAAAAGAAGAUGGAUGAACGCAAUAGAUAAACGUCUACAACUAGAUAGAGUAAUAGCAAGCAAA